AUGAUCGAGGUGUUACUCGGUAUUGCCGGGCUUAUCCCACCGUUGGUCCAGUUCGCCGCAGUUUUGACGCGGAAGAUCAAGAGAUUUCUUGAUACGGAGAAAUAUAUCAAACGAAGGAAGAGUCUGGCUCUUAUACGUCGUGAGAUCAAGGCAUGGACAGAAAUGCUCUGCAUGAUCAGAGGCAGUAACGCACCGGAAGGGAGUGCUACAGCGAAACUUUUCCGAUCAUGCAAGACUAAGAUCAAAGAGUACAGAUCUGUGCUGCAGCAAAUCAGCAUUCGGCUUCGGGAAUAUCCCAAUUCUGAGAAACAGUGGCUGAUAGUGGUUGAGGUUCUUGAUCUCCUCAAAGUCCUGAAGAACUUCAGUGAGGGCGGUGAAGUACAGAGAUUGCUGACAGCUGUCAACACGUAUGAUGAAAUGCCCCUCCCAAAACCGCGAGUGUGUGUUGAGGUACUAACCCAGACCAUUGGCAGUGCAAUCAGUUCAAACAGCAAUUCCGUCAUCAAAUCAGUGCACGAUCAGAAUUCUGUCAUGUCUGGGCAUAUCUCCGACAUUCGGGCACAGUUGAAUGAACUGAGUGAGGGACUCAGUAAUAACCAGGGGACUAUGAGUCUGCAAACGCAGCAGUCUCGACUGCAAAUCGAGCAGUUCGAUCAGAAACUCGAAAUACUGGCAGAUUCCCUGCUAGGCUAUGACGGUUCUUCGACUGAAACAGACUCCGGUGAUUCUCAGGCCUCGUUGCCGGAGGACGAUCGAGAGGUUGACACACCAGUCACAACCCUGCACAGCGAAGUUUCUGAUGAGUCGUCAGGGUGUCACUAUGGCCGAUCGAGACGCACCAGCAUGUACUGUGACCAAAGCACCAUGACUAACAUGGUUGGAGUGGAUCCCCCAUUGAUAAAUGUCCCCCAAAUCACUUGCGGUGGCGAUAACCUCACAGCUCGUAUCGCAAAGCUAUAUGAAGAGAUUGCUGAAAACCAAGGUUCUCUGGAAGUUGUCGCUGGCUCCUUUGAUCAAACAGCACCGACUGGCUUCGAGGUCAUGAAAGUGGAUAAAAAGGACUGGCAACAAGACCGUAAUUUUGCCACCUGCGGCUGGGGAAGUGACAAUUCUAUCACGCUCUACAUUGCUCUCCCAGAAGGCCGUUUGAAGGACCUUGUUGAGAUCUACGCCGAGGACUUUGAAUCUGUUCUAAGGACCAAAUCGACUACCCGGAGGUUUUCUGCCAUAUUACUGCCGGCAAAUCAUAUCGUGCCUCCUAUUCUAGCUUCUAGGUUCAACUUCCGUCACAUCUUGAACUUGCAUUACCCUCAACCCCAGUUAACUAUACACUGGGACAUGGCAUCAAUUGCCACAAAAGGUCAAGUUUACGUCCGCCUUGGUCAUAUCAAGGAGCUCUACAAGACCAUCGAGACGGAACGCCAGGGCUAUUCUGGAUGUGGGCUGCCUAAAAUUCGCAACAUCGUCAUAUGCAUUACCAUUCCUUGGGAAAAGUAUUCUCAGUGGGCCCGGGGGAAGACAAAACACCAUGGUCUGGACGCGCUGUGGGAGCAGGGAAUUCUUGCCACCCUCCCGGUGAUGGUGGAGCUAGCAGAUGGUACGAAGGAGCCCCAUGUGUGGUGCUCGAAGAAAACGAAACCGAGUGCAGAGCCCUGGUCAAGUGUGAAGACCGUCCAUGCAAUCUUUCAAGAGUAUGUACACCCAGAUCUUCCUCCGGAAACAACUUCACGGAAAGAAACGAGGUUUUUCGUUGUAAUCCACCAAGCAGGGGUCAGGGACGAAUGGGUCAAGGUCGUACAAUCUAUUCUCUCGAAGGAUCAGGAACGUAUACUGGAGCCGUAUCGGCUUAGCGAUGAUGUUACGCCCAUCGAUAUAGCGGACCUGACACGACACUGCCAGCAAGAGACGGGUAUUUUUGACUAA